AUGGCGCCCGCUCAAGUUGUUGACGAUGUCGACGUCGACAUGGUUCAGGAGGAGGACGAGGACCAGGAGCAGCGUCUCAUAAACGAAGGUGCAUGGCGCUCAGUUCACAAGCUUCUGGCAUGUUCAUUGACUAACACGGCGCCAGAGUACAAGACAUGGAAGAAAAACAGUCCUUUUCUCUACGACAUGAUUCUCAGCACGGCUCUCGAAUGGCCUACCCUUACCUCCCAAUGGUUCCCUGACGUAAAGGAGCCUGAAGACAAGAACUACCGCAUCCACAGACUUCUCCUCGGAACCCACACUUCCGAGGGCCUUCCCAACCACGUGCAGAUCGCCGAAGUGAAGAUCCCUAAAUCCGUCGCCCCGAACCCCGACGAGUAUAACGAGGAGACAGGAGAGAUUGGAGGCUAUGGAAAGUCUUCGAACGGUCAGACGGCUGCCGUCGAGUUCAGCAUCGUGCAGAAGAUCGACCAUCCUGGCGAGGUUAACAAGGCGCGCUAUCAGCCUCAGAACCCCGACAUAAUCGCGACAUUGUGCGUCGACGGCAAGGUCCUUGUCUUUGACCGUACGAAGCACAGCCUGCAGCCCACUGGAAAAGUCAAUGCCCAGGUCGAACUCAUCGGCCACAAGCAGGAGGGAUUUGGUCUGGCGUGGAACCCUCAUGAGGAGGGCUGCCUUGCGUCUGGCAGUGAAGACACCACCGUGUGUCUAUGGGAUCUCAAGACUAUCCAGAGCGGAAGCCACACGCUGAAGCCCGCCCGCAAGUACACACACCACACCCAGAUCGUCAACGAUGUGCAAUAUCAUCCGAUUGCGAAGAGCUUCAUCGGAACCGUCUCGGACGACUUGACCAUGCAGAUCAUCGACGUGCGUCAAUCCGAGACCGCUCGUGCCGCCGUCACCGCUAAGCGUGGCCAUAUGGAUGCCAUCAACGCUCUGGCAUUCAACCCUACAUCGGAAGUACUCGUCGCAACAGCGUCCGCUGACAAGACUUUGGGCAUAUGGGACCUUCGCAACGUCAAGGAGAAGGUUCACACGUUAGAGGGACACAAUGACGCAGUCACGUCUCUCUCGUGGCACCCGCAGGAAGCCGGCAUCCUGGGCAGCGGCUCCUACGACAGAAGGGUUAUAUUCUGGGAUCUCUCGCGUGUUGGAGAGGAACAGAUGCCGGACGAUCAAGAAGACGGCCCCCCGGAAUUGCUCUUUAUGCACGGCGGGCACACCAACCACCUUGCAGACUUCAGCUGGAACCCCAACGAGCCUUGGCUCGUUUGCAGUGCCGCUGAGGACAAUCUGCUCCAGAUCUGGAAGGUUGCCGACUCCAUCGUCGGCAAGGACGACGGUGAUCUGCCGCUCGACGAGAUUGACCGAUAG